GCCGCUGCUUCGCGUUGCGCGUCAUGCAAGCGCAUUCAAACAGGAGUCGGUGUUACUCGGGCGUUUUUUUUACUGUUGCAUCGGUAAUAACAGCAGCACACACUGACUGAAGACAGCAGCGUCUCUGCACUCCGAGCGGAGGAAUAUCAACAGCGCGUGUUGUGCGUUUGUUUUCAGCGCUUUUUCAAAACCCUCCGACUCGUAAACACGCAAAACUUUGCAUCCCCGAAGGAGAUACAUUGACUUCUUUUGAUUCUCUCAUACUUGGACUCGCCUCUCCCAAACAAACACGGACAUCAACCGAAAGUUUCCCCUCAGGGAUGAGACCUGGUAUGGCCGUUGUUCACAGUGCAGGAGUACUCUGAAACCAAGGCAAAAGUGGUAUUAAGUCAUGAUGCAGGAGUCGGCCAAUGAGACAAUAAGCAACAGUUCAAUGAGUCAAAAUGGAAUGAGCAGCCUAAGCAGCCAAUUAGAUGCUGGCAGUAGAGAUGGAAGAUCAAGUGGGGAGACGAGCAGUGAAGUAAGCGCAGUCGAGCUGCUGCAUCUGCAACAACAGCAGGCCCUACAAGCAGCAAGGCAAUUACUCCUACAGCAACCAGGCAGUGGCCUGAAAUCUCCAAAGAACAACGACAAACAGCGUCCGUUGCAGGUGCCAGUAUCUGUGGCAAUGAUGAGUCCACAGGUGAUCACACCCCAACAGAUGCAGCAGAUCCUUCAACAGCAAGUCCUUUCCCCCCAGCAGCUCCAAGCCCUCUUACAACAACAACAGGCAGUCAUGCUGCAGCAGCAACACCUGCAGGAGUUUUAUAAGAAACAACAGGAACAACUUCAUCUACAGCUUUUGCAGCAACAGCACCCAGGCAAACAAGCAAAAGAGCAACAGCAGCAGCAGCAGCAGUUGGCGGCACAGCAGCUGGUCUUUCAGCAGCAGCUCUUGCAAAUGCAGCAACUGCAGCAGCAGCAGCACCUGCUCAACAUGCAGAGGCAGGGCCUCCUCUCUAUGCCCCCCGGCCCAGGACAGCCCACCCUCCCCGGACAGACUCUGCCGCCAGCUGGUCUGAGCCCCGCUGAACUCCAGCAACUUUGGAAAGACGUCACUGCGAGCCACACCAUGGAGGAUAAUGGGAUGAAACACAGCGGCCUGGACCUGAGCACCACCAACAACUCGUCCACUACCUCCACCAGCAACCCCAAAGCUUCUCCACCCAUCACUCAUCACAGCAUGUCCAACGGCCAGUCCCCAGCUCUCAACAACAACCGGAGAGAGAGCUCAUUGCAUGAAGAGACUGCAGUAUCACACUCUCUUUAUGGCCACGGAGUGUGCAAAUGGCCAGGAUGUGAAAGUAUUUGUGAUGACUUUGGACAGUUUUUGAAGCACCUUAACAGUGAACACGCACUGGAUGACAGGAGUACUGCCCAGUGCCGAGUACAGAUGCAGGUGGUACAACAGCUAGAGAUACAGCUUUCUAAAGAACGUGAGCGUCUUCAGGCGAUGAUGGCACACUUGCACAUGAGGCCCUCAGAGCCCAAACCAUCACCAAAACCGUUGAAUCUGGUCUCCAGUGUCACCAUGUCAAAGAACCUCCCGUCCAUCUCACCUCCAAACUUACCUCAGACGCCAACCACGCCCACUGCUCCAAUCACACCCCUUUCCCAGAUGCCCCAGGUGCCCAACGUUCUCAGUCCUGCCAACGUGCCCAGCAUGGGUGCCAUGCGAAGACGCCACACCGACAAAUACUCCAUGGCCUUGUCCUCAGAAAUCGCCCCAAACUACGAGUUUUACAAGAACGCCGACGUCAGGCCGCCGUUUACUUAUGCAACCCUCAUCAGGCAGGCUAUCAUGGAGUCAAGUGACAUGCAGCUAACGCUCAACGAAAUCUACAGCUGGUUCACGCGCACCUUCGCCUACUUCAGACGCAACGCCGCCACCUGGAAGAACGCAGUGCGACACAACCUCAGCCUGCACAAGUGUUUCGUCCGAGUGGAGAACGUGAAGGGCGCCGUAUGGACCGUGGACGAAAUGGAAUACCAGAAACGCAGGUCACAGAAGAUUACAGGGAGCCCUACGCUAGUCAAAAACCUGCCAUCCAGUCUGGGUUACGGGGCAGCUCUCAACGCCAGCUUACAGGCUGCGUUGGCGGAGACCACUUUGCCGCUUCUGGGUAAUCCAGGCUUGAUGAACAGCGCGUCAGGUAUGAUGGGAGCGAGUCCUCCAGUACUGCUGAGCGGCAGCCCGACAGGACUCUUACAGGGAACCACGCAUGAGGAGCUCAACGGCACACUAGACCACCUGGACACCAAUGGACACAGCAGUCCUGGAUACUCCCCACACACCCACCUGCCUCCCAUUCACGUCAAGGAGGAGCCACUAAACAUGGAGGACGAGGACUGUCCGAUGUCACUGGUGACCACAGCCAAUCACAGUCCUGAACUGGAUGACGACCGGGAGCUUGAGGAGGGCAACCUAUCGGAGGACCUGGAAUGACUAUUUUGCCCCACCCCUCCGCUGGGGCUCUGCCCCUUUCAGGCCCCGCCCCUCAACUAAACCACAAACACAGCAAAAAGACUGGACGCAGCAGGCGGGAGUAUUUAUUUAGCAUGCAUCUGGAGACUGGCCCGAAGAAAAUCUAUAGCUCAGAUCUUUAGGGACCACAGAUGGACAGACACGAGAGACGUCUGCUUUUUAAAAACAAACAUACAAAAGGAAGAACAAAAAGGACAAGAUUUCAUCUGAAUCCGCUCGGCCAAAUCACACAACGAACACAAGGCUCACGGAACUGAAGCGAAACGGGAGCGAGUGCGUUCUGUAGAAAGCCAGCGGCCACAUAUACUGCCAAAAAAAAAAAAAAAAAAAAAGGAAGUUUUAAGUUUGUGAAUAUCCAAGCCACAGUAGUCGUCGGUGUUAGAUGCAAUUGCUGGUUCAAUUCAAGUUGUUGCUCUGUUCUUUUUUUGCACAUGAAGUAGUAUCAGAAAUUUAGUGUCACUGCCUGUAUGUCGAUGAAAUUUUAAAAAGGAAAAACAAACAAAAAAAAAAGCUGUUUUCCGUUGUUGUUGUUGCUGUUAAUUUCCCCCUCCUCCCCCCAUCACUGUUGUUUAGUUCCUCCCGCUAAGCUUACGUUCAUUCCGUGUCAUGUUUGCGACACCACCAACUGUAAAUGGCAUUUCUUAAAGUCACGUCAAUAACACAACCGUGGUUUCAAGACUGUUGCAGCCGUCCAAAAAAAAAAAAAGUACACAAAAAAAAACGUAGGUCUCGCUAGCUCUGUUUCUGCUGAAAACGUGACUUGUGAUUCAGUUGCAUCUCGAAAAACACGACGCGUUUCCGCAUACUCUUCUAGUCUCUUUACCUCCUUGUUCUAAAGCUUUGUCUACCUGCAGAGAGUCACAGGCAACAGCUAGAAACCAAAGCCAACACUAUCAACGGCCAAUAGCUUAGACAGAAGCCGCCAGACUCUUUGGUCAGUCUUCUGUGACUAGUACAAAGAAGCUUUUCGUUUCGUUUGUUUUUUCCACUAACUACCUUCGAAUAACCUCUGGGAUUAUCUCCUUUAGCCCUGUACAAAGAUUUGAAAAUGAUUUUGCUGUAAUUUGAUCGACAGGCGGAGUGCUCGCUAUGGCCUGGUGAAUUCACCCAAAGUCAGUGAGGUUCAGGUAGAGCAAGAGAGCAGCUAUAAAUGGAUCAUGACCAAAAUACCCAUUCGUGGAAGUGCAGAAAUUGAGUUUCAUUUACUAUUAUUUGCGUGAAGCAUCUCAUCAUUGUUUUGUUUUUUUUUCUACUAGUGAAAUGUACUGUUCAUUGUGACUGUCCGACGUGUCAUGUCUUAUAUCCGUCAAUUUACUUCAGAGCCGAAACCGAAAACUAUAGUAACCAAACUCUUAAGAUAUCUAGUGAAGCCAAAAAAGUCAUGAUUUCAAGUCGAUGUGAAAUGAUGUGGCUUGGUUAUAUUGUAGAAGCAAAUAACAGAGCCAUGACAGGAAGAGGACAGGACGAGUCCUUUUCCAGCUGACGUUUGCUUUGCUCCAUUGAUUCAGACUCAUUGUAUAAUUCAUGGCUAUAUAGACACGAAGGUUUGUGGUUAGACCAUGUAUGGUGUGUAAGUAGCAACCGGUUAUUUUGAGGUAAAACAGGAAGUGAUCGCUCACUUUUAUUUGAACGUCGCUGACGUCAUCGAGGAGAAGCGGUUGUUGCUUUAAAGUUCCUUUUCAGUCAGUCAAACCAAAGUUAUACAGAUUUCUGCCUCUACAGUUGAAAAUAACGCAAAGCCUGUUUCCUUUUCUUCUUUCUCUUUACUUUGAUUGUUCUCUAAUGCAGAAAGCCCAUUUGAAACGGAUAACUGCUUUGUGUUGUAAACCGAUAAUGUCAAACUUUGUCUCUCUGUGUGUGUGUGUAAAACAUACUGUGCAGUUGUUCCCAUUUUGUGCCAAACCUAGGGUUGGCUGCUAGUUUAGCGCACACACACACUCUAAUAAGACAGCAGAGCUGGAUCCAGGGACAAAGCUUAUCCCUUAUCCUUUGCUGGAGUCAGCAAUUUGACUUGAAGAUGACAUUCAUAAUAAUUUUAUGGCACCAAAUAUAAGGACGCAGCGUCUUUGAAUAAGAAGAUACAAAAAGGGUUUCUCCCACUUAUCCAAAAAAAGGCUUCUACCUCUUCACAACACGAGAAAAAAUGGCAGAUUGCACGAGUCGCUAGAACGCCACCGACACAUUUUUCCAACCCGAUUCACGCUGGACCUCGCCAAAAGCGCCAGUUUACAUUCCCAAAGGCAGAUGUGGAAGGUUUGCAUUGAACUAGUUUGUCCUCAAGACAUUUGUAGAAUGAAUAUGUAAAAAAAUACCUGUAAGGGGAUGAUAUUGUGUUAUUAAAAAAUGCAUGUCUAAAUUCAUUUGGUGGACUGGAAAUAAGAAUUAAUAAACACAUAUGAUAAAAAAUGUCAGGAUGAUGAUGUUGAUGAACUAAAGUGUGCAUACCUCAGCUAUACUGUUUCCACGGGGAGAUGAUGAUGAUCGACAAAAGAAACUCUCAGCCACAGAAUGCAUAUUACCUGUAGAGUUUGCAUGGGUUUUGUAAAAACAUUUUAAAAAAUGUCUAAAAUAGUUGCUUGCACAUAAUACCAGAAGAACCUCCAGGUCGGCAAUCUCCUUCAAUAGAUUUUAGGAUUGUCCGGGAUUUUUUUCUGGGAUGAUUUUGUCUGUAUUUUGAUAAUUGUGCAUAUUAUGUAAAAAGAUACAAAAAAAAAAAUGUUGGUGGACCCAUGAAUUUACCAGACAUUUUUUUCUAAGCUAAAAAGAUCAGUGUUUUUCUUUUAUUUUUCCUGAAUUUCAUGAAUUUUUACUGUUCUCUCAUUGCUUGCUACGAAUAGCAAACCUGCUUUUUCCUGCAUCUGCGUUGCGUAGCUGUAAGGCUUUUCCUAAUGUGUGUAUUUAUUGCUUGUACCUCUGUGCAUACGUUCUGAAGCAUUACGUCUGGCAGUUGAGUCAUGUAUCCUUUCUAAUAACUAUCAUUCUCCGGGAAUAUGAUCCCCUAUGUAUACAGUAAAUUGGAACUGUAGCGAAAACAAAAAACAACAAAAAAAAAACAAACAUGUUUAUGUAAUUGGUGAAUACCUUUUGGUUGUUUUUGCCUUUUGGUUUGGUUUCGAAGAAUCGAGACUGUCUUUUGAUACUUUUCAUUACCGUGUACUGUGUCCAUAUGUUACGGAUUUCUGCGAGAGUAGAGGUCAUGAUUGAGAACUGUAACGGCCGUUAUUAUUUUCUGUAUUCAUGGCUUUUCACUGCUGAAUAAAAUAAAGGACCAAAACUAGGAUUUGAAAA